UAUGUUAGGCAAAUAAAAUAAAGGAGUCUGUGCAACUUGUCGUGUUCAAAGUCUGCUUCAAUUUUUUAUUUUUUUUUUUUGCAAAUUCUUGCAGUCCAUGGUCAAUCCAAAGAACUCUUGUGGAUUACCGGAAACUCCAAAGCCUUAGAUACAGAUUAAAGGAAAAAAAAAAAAAGAAGAAGAAAUUUUUUACUAACUUAAAAACUCUGUUCUUUAUCACAUCAAUUCAUAAAAAAUAAAACUUUGGGACUUCUUUUUCUUCCAACUUGUACUUUUUUUUUUCUGUUUACCACUACAAAAUAUCAGCUAUACGGAGGUAUAUUUUGGAAUAUGUAUAUAAGAGGAAAUGUCUUGAUUUGAAGAUUUAUGGUACUUUUGGGUACCAUUUGCAAUUGAAUUCUAUAUUUUAUGUUGAUGAUAAGCUGAAGAUUUAAGGACUAACAAUGGCGCCCUCGAAAAUGGAGAAGAAAUGUGUGUGCCCUGUUGUGCUUAGUUCACUUGUAUGUGCGUUUGUUUUUGUUACUUCCUUAAAUAUGGGGCUUGUAUCUUCGGUUCACAAAUUCAACUCGAUUUUCCCCAUUUUUUCGGCUCAUCAAAGGACGUCGGAAUAUGCUGAAUCGAAGAUUGAGUUAGGUACACCGCCACCUCCUGGUCCGACGUUACCUCGUUUUGCUUAUUUGGUUUCGGGAUCAAAAGGUGAUUUGGAAAAGCUUUGGAGGACGCUUCAUGCGUUGUACCAUCCUCGGAACGAAUACGUAGUUCAUUUGGACCUCGAGGCACCACCUGAGGAGAGAUUGGCACUUGCGUCCCGGAUCGAUAACCAUACAGUUUUCAACAAAGUUGGGAAUGUUUAUAUGAUCAGUAAGGCUAAUAUGGUUACUUAUAGAGGGCCUACAAUGGUUGCUAAUACACUCCAUGCUUGUGCUGUUCUUCUUAAGAGAAAUAAAGAUUGGGAUUGGUUUAUAAAUCUCAGUGCAUCAGAUUAUCCUCUAGUGACUCAAGAUGAUCUUGUUUAUACAUUUUCGGCUUUAAAUCGGAACCUUAACUUUAUAGAGCACACGAGCAAUCUUGGUUGGAAAGCGAAUGAAAGAGCUAAGCCUUUGAUUGUAGAUCCUGGACUUUACAUGUCAACUAAGUCUGAUAUAUAUUUGGCCACACCAAGGAGAACAUUGCCUACAGCAUUUAAACUAUUUACUGGUUCGGCAUGGACAGUUUUAUCUCGUCCGUUUGUAGAGUUCUGUGUUUGGGGUUGGGAUAAUCUACCAAGAACACUUCUCAUGUAUUACACAAACUUCGUUUCCUCCCCUGAAGGCUACUUCCAGACAGUCGUAUGCAACGUUCCCGAAUUUGCCAAGACGGUUGUCAACCAUGAUUUGCACUAUAUUUCGUGGGAUAAUCCCCCGAAACAACACCCACACAUCCUUAACAUUAAUGACACAGAUAAGAUGAUACAGAGCAAUGCAGCAUUUGCCCGGAAAUUCAAACACGAUGAUCCCGUCUUGGACAAGAUUGAUGCAGAUUUGCUUGGCAGGGCAAAGGGGAGUUUCACUCCUGGCGCUUGGUGUUCCGGCAAACUAACAUGUUCAGAAGUUGGGGACUCGAACAAGAUCAAGCCAGGUCCAGGAGCUCAAAGGCUUUGCCAACUCAUAGCUAGGUUAGCUAUGAAAGCUAAUAAUGGUCAAGAUCAGUGUAGAUAGAUUUAAUUAUAUGGAGAAAUUGAAUCAACGAGGAAUACAAACAUCAGUAAAAAAAAUUGUAUCUAAUAGAAAAACUUCAAUAAUAACACUGCUUAUUUGACCUAA